UACGUAGUAUUUCUAUCGUUUUCAGCACUGGCCCCAAACGCACAUCGAUAAACACAGUGAUUCGGUCAGGUGAACAUUUCUGUUUUCUGAUUAACAGUGACUACGGGCAAAAAUGAGUUUAGCAAGUUGGUACCAUUACUUAAAUACGGAAGAAGCCGAUAUAAAAACGAAUGACUGGUUUUUGGUAAGCUCUCCUGUGCCUAUAAUUCUCAUCACAUUCGCGUACUUGUACUUUGUGCUAAAAUGUGGACCAAGAUACAUGGAAAACAGAAAACCAUACUCUUUUAAAACCUUCAUCAGAUUGUAUAACUUGUUUCAAGUUGUGACGAACAGCAUGAUCGUGUAUCACAUAUUUGAGGCUGGAUGGUACAGAGAUUACUUUAUCUAUUGUAGACCGAUAGAUCCGGCUAUCACACCUGCAUCUAUGAAGUUCGCCCAUAUAUCAUGGUACGUGCUAGCCCUGAAGGUCUUUGACUACACCGAGACGGUGUUGUUCGUGCUGAGGAAGAAACAACGACAGAUAUCAUUUUUACAUCUGUAUCAUCAUGUAACGACAGUGUUUGUUGCAUGGGUGUUUGUAAAAUACUCGCCCAAUGGAAUGGCGAUUACAGUUCCGAUGGUCAAUUGCGGAGUACACGUGAUAAUGUACACAUAUUAUUUUUUGGCAACGUUCGGACCAAGAGUGCAACGAUACCUUAACGUAAUUAAACCUGGCAUCACCAUCAUUCAAAUGGUGCAAUUUGUCAUAUUGUUAGCAUACUUAUCGACUGCAUUCGUUCCUGGUUGCAAGGACGUUAAAAUAAUAUCCGGAAUAGUAAUAGUGGACCUAAUCAUCAAUUUCUAUUUGUUUUAUCAAUUCUACCAGGAGACUUACAAGAAACCAAAGCGUUCAUAAACAUUACGAAUCUUUGCAACGUUCCUGGAAGAAUGUUGAAGAAGAAACAUUUCAACAACUUGCUCAAACACUCGACACGUUUACCUGCUCAAAGUGUUUUUUUUUUUUUUUUUUGUACCAUAUACUUAUAUAAGUAAGAGUGUCGACAAUAAUCAUCCGCUCUACCAAAUGUUAGUAACCUGAAUGAACAGAAAUAUCAGUUUCACAGGAAUACUACAAACUGCCAAUAUUUUAUUAAUAAUUGAUCUUGAAGAACACAUGCCUAAUUAGGCACGGAUGCUACUUUAUUUUUUUACAAAAUUUCACAGCUGGUCUCAUACUUUUUUUCCUACCCCCUCAUACCUGAGAAUUUGCAAAAAUGUUAAUAAAUAUUUAAAUAACGAAUA